CAGAAUAUAUCCUUGAUCUGCAGGCCGUUCGUCCAACAACUUGAUUCAUCGUUCCGUUAUCAACCAACGCCUUAACUUGUGGCUGUCCGUGGCUGGCGAUCAAGGCCCACACUUUGCAUGUGUGUGUUAUUGCAACACAACAUUGAAGCACCUCAAACCGCCCGUUUUUGAAACUACUAACAUUGCACGAUCCGGAGGGAGCUGCAUUGCCCAGGAGAUCUCUUACCCGCUUUCAAGGCCUAUAGCCACAAGUCGAGCUCGACCAGGUCAGUUGAGUACCUUGAUCAGAUCCAGUAUUGAUCGUCAACGCUGUCACCGUCUACAAGUCUUAACCCAUCGGAAGGCAAUCUCAAGAUAGUAGCAUUCAACUCAAACGCCUAUUUACCAGCCAGCCCAUCAUUCGCCAACCGCUCUGUCUUGUAGCGAAGAGGAACCUACGAACAAAUACAAAGACGCAGUAUCGCUCGUUAGGCGCCCUCACAGGAGGGAGCCCUUGACUUUUGAGCACUGACGUCGACCUCCUGGAGCCCUGUGUGCCCUGGUCGAUCAUCGCUCCACUCAAGCAAGCUCUUCUCUGCUCAAGCGAAUGAAACGCCGCAGCGCCUAGCCCACACUGCUGCCACCUCUGGCUGGGCCAGGUGAUUGAAGAUUGGAAUGUCACAACACCCCGCGACGACUUGCAGUCCCCAAUCACUACCUUUUGGCGCUCCCGCUCACUGCUCAUCCCUGCACGAGCUCUACCUUGCCUUAGGCCUCCCUACCUGGCCUGACCUGACCUGACCUGGAGCUUGAGCUCUCCUGCUGCCAUCGAUACAUACCAUACCCUGGGUUAGUUAGUAGCUUACCUGGGGAGCUAGCAGUGGGAUAGCUGCUGGUCUCCCGACUGCUGCCAAGUACCUCGACCUGCGUUGCCUCUACAGCACCAAAUCUGUCUCGGUAACCUCUCUGGGCUCCUUUGGCGCUGCAUCUGCGCUAAAAGCUACGCUACUUGCGCCGCCAGGCACGGGUCGUUCCCACCACUUCCCCAUUCCUUGCCCCCUCAAAGGCCCCAAAGGCUCGUGCCCGUUGGUGGUCUCUGCUGGGUGUCUUUUGGGUGCCCUUUCUGGCGCCUCUGUUGACUGUCUCGGCCGUCAUCUCGUCCCAGGUGGGGCCCUUUUUUUGUGCCUCCGCCUAGGCGUCACCUGUACCAAUCUAGGUACUGCUCCUCCGUCGUUGCACCACGAGCCUCUCCUCCUUCACUAUUUCCAUCGCCGCUCGAACCCGCCUCCGACGCCGACGCCGACCUUAUUCCAAACGCCUAGACGCUGGCGCGCACAACUUUGCAGGUGCAGAUGUUACUUGUCGCCUGCCACCGUUAUACAACUCGCUUUUCCUGAACCGCCAUCCUGCCGCUCCUCUCGCUUCUGUCACCAAGAACCACGACCCUGCAUCUGAGCACCAACAAGAAUUGUCCGCCCAUAAAACACCCCGCCCACCACAUUUUCUACCGUCUUUCGCGAAACCGAGACAUUUUGUGUUCUUCUGUCAAAGAGGAGAAGCUUUCAAAAGAAACGGCAUUUCUCUCGUUCGUCUUUGCGACAAGCUGCAGCGUUCUUCCAAUCAGCACCCCCGCCUUCACCCGACCGCCUACUGCAGCCCGACCAACGUUUUUCGUGACCCGAUAGCAAAUAUGGCAGGGUUAUUCCAAAGGGUCUACAAUUGGCUCAUGCGCAUGUUCUGGGCGAUGGAAAUGGAAGUGACGAUGGUUGGUUUGCAAAAUGCUGGAAAGACCUCGUUAUUACGAGUUCUCGCUGGCGGUGAAUUCACUCUCGACUCCAUCCCCACCGUUGGUUUCAACAUGAAAAAGGUACAGCGCGGACAUGUUACCUUGAAGUGUUGGGAUAUUGGUGGCCAGCCCCGGUUCCGAACCAUGUGGGAAAGAUACUGUCGAGGCGUGAGCGCCAUCGUCUUUAUCGUGGAUAUUGCCGAUACACCAUUGAUUCCCCAAGCGAAGGAGGAGCUCCAUGAUCUCAUGAGCCGCAAGUCGCUUGAGGGUAUACCACUUCUCAUCUUGGGGAAUAAGUCCGAUCUUCCGGACAAGCUUUCGGUGGAUGAGUUGAUUGACGAGCUAGACCUGAAGAGCAUACGUGGUCGUGAGGUGUGCUGCUAUGGUAUCAGCGCGAAAGAAGAGACAAACCUUGACGCAGUAGUCGAGUUUCUAAUGAAGUAUGCCACGCGACCAUAAUCAGCGCCAUAACUCGCUGGUGUGGUUGCUGUAACACUCGCUUGGGCAUGUUUCCACAACCUCUGACUCAAGAGGUAACAAGCGUCCAAGUCUGUGCCAGCUGUUCCAAUAUCUGGCAGACAAAGGCUUCUCUGCUUGCGCCUUGGGCCAACAACAGAGCACAAGACCGGCGUAUGACAAGCGAGUGAAAAGACCAAGGGUAAACAUAUAUAAAUUCCUCUCUCACGAGCUCAUGAUUUUUCCAGAUAUCUGUUGGCCCAUACGCAGCUUUUACUGGGGUUUCGAAGACUUCUUCGCUGCUCUUAUGUCGCCAUUACCUAGGCCCUGGAAAACCAUGACACUUUUCUUUGUUAAUGGACGGAGCAUAAUCUUGCAUGAUGGGAAGAAAUCCAGCACUGGCUAGAAAGGAGAAAAGGUCUUUUCCCAAGGGAUGCCGCUUUUGUAUAUGGAAUUGGCGCUUGCCACUCCUCACUGUUUCCUUUUGUUAUUCACUGGAGGCCUAGGCGCUGUUGCCAUUGUUGAUGGCGCUAUUGUUUCUGCUGCUGUUGACGAUGACGAUGAUAUGAUUCUUGGAUGUUGUUUUUCUGCUUGGAACAUACUAUGAUCGAGUAAAGCAUGGGCAGUUGUCGGCCACAGCUUGUGUAAGUAACCUGCAAGCGGCUGACUAGAAACGGCUGAUGACUGAAUGAUUAUGUCGUUAUGAAAAUGUUCGUUCAGUUUUUGAGCCUGGUAGUUGAUGGGAAGACGCGUGUGUUUAUAGACAAGGGAACCAGAACCAGAACCAGAUUCGAGUUUGAAUGUAUGGCUGAGUUGUGUUUUGUUAGUCAAGAAUAGUGGCAAGAAAUGGACUCUUUCUGAGCUGUAUCGCCGAAACCCGUGUUGGUUGAGGGGAUAAUGAGCGACUUUAAUAGGCAUUGAAUGGAUUUUCAAGAUUUGACUGUUUGUUGGAAAGAAUCGAAUGUCCCAGAUGACAUGGGUCGAGUUGUCAAUGUGAGGCGGAGAAAGUCCAGGUGAUGCUUGGGUGUGGAUACUUAUCAACACCCAUUUUCACAGCCAAGAGACUUUUUUUCAAUAGAAAAAAGCCCAACAAGUAAACCAGAAGCUGUAGAGUAUCGCCAAAUAGUAGAAAAAACAGAGAGAAUAAAAUCUGCAGUCCAAAAAAGUACGAAAGAAAACAAGUG